CUCAGAGUUGACUGAAGGGAGCAUGUGGGGCUGCGGCGCGCUGUUGGGGGCGCGAACCGGCUCGCGGCUUGGGCGCGAGGUCCUCGUCGCUCCCGGCCGCGGCUGGUAUGCCGCCGCCCCCUACUCUGCAUCUGCCGAGCCCACCGGGGUCCGGGCGCUGGUCUAUGAGCACCACGGGGACCCAGCCAAGGUCGUCGAACUGAAGAAGCUGGAGCUGACUGCUGUGGGCGGAUCAGACAUCCAUGUGAAGAUGCUGGCGGCCCCUAUCAAUCCAUCUGACAUAAAUAUGAUCCAAGGAAAUUACGGCCUCCUUCCCAAGCUGCCUGCUGUUGGAGGGAACGAAGGUGUCGGACAGGUGGUAGCAGUGGGCAGCAAUGUUACUGGGGUGAAGCCAGGAGACUGGGUGAUUCCAGCAAACCCCGGUUUGGGAACCUGGCGGACCGAAGCUGUGUUCAGUGAGGAAACACUGAUCGGAGUUCCAAGUGACAUCCCUCUCCAGAGCGCCGCUACCCUGGGUGUCAAUCCCUGCACGGCCUACAGGAUGUUGACGGACUUUGAGCAGCUGCGGCCUGGAGACUGUGUCAUCCAGAAUGCGUCCAACAGUGGAGUGGGGCAAGCAGUCAUCCAGAUCGCUGCAGCCCUGGGCCUGAGGACCAUCAAUGUGGUCCGAGACAGGCCUGACAUCCAGAAGCUGACUGAUAGACUGAAGAGUCUGGGGGCCGAGCACGUUCUCACCGAAGAGCAGCUACGGAAGCAUGAGAUGAAACAUUUGUUUAAGGAUAUGCCCCAGCCCCGGCUCGCUCUCAACUGUGUUGGCGGAAAAAGCUCCACAGAGCUGCUGCGACACUUAGCGCCCGGGGGCACCAUGGUGACCUACGGGGGAAUGGCCAAGCAGCCUGUCAUAGCCUCUGUGAGCCAGCUCAUUUUUAAGGAUGUCAAACUUCGAGGCUUUUGGUUGUCCCAGUGGAAGAAGGACCAUAGUCCAGCCCAGUUCAAGGAGCUCAUUCUCACCCUGUGCCGUCUCAUCGGCCGAGGCCAGCUCACGGCCCCUGCCUGCUCCGAGGUCCCACUGCAGGACUACCAGCGCGCCUUGGAAGCCUCAGUGCGGCCCUUCGUGUCUUCAAAGCAGAUUCUGACCAUGUGCUGAUCACACAGGAGCCACAGUGAGGUGGGAGGGGAGACGGAUCGGCAGGACUGGUUUCAGGGCCCUCCCCAGGCUGCCCUGACUAGGAGGGUUGUGAAGCCCGCAGCCCCUGGGUGUCUAAUAAAGUCUGAACUUCCUAAACCAAA